AUGGAUGGUUUUAGAAAUCGGUAUAUUAUGUUUAUGGUUGAUAAUGAGAAUUGUAACUGGUUGGAAGAAUUGAGAGAAUAUGAUGGAGAUUUUGUUACUAUUGUUCGUGAUCAAGGAAAAGCCACUUGUUGCUGGGCGAUUGUUGUGGCGGCUGCUAUCGAAUCCUGUUAUAACAUCUUCUUUGCAAACAAACCUGCUGUCAUUCUAUCUCCACAGGAGUUAUUUGAUUUUCUGAAACCUUAUUCUCCAUAUAAUUUAUUGGACAAUUUUGGUGGCUACGGCGCCAAUUACAGAGAUGCAUUUACUUAUGUCAAGGAUUAUGGCAUCUCUAAAGAAGAGGAUUACCCUUUUGUUGGUAGAAGACAACUGGUCAAUAUUGAAGAGAAGCAAAUAUAUAAGAUGAGUCCUGGUCUUAAUAUAAAUGAAAGAGUUGAUGAUAAAUAUGACAAUCCAGCUAAACACGCGGUAUUAAUUGUUGGUUUUGGUACGGAUCAAGAUGAUAACAAAUUCUGGAUUAUAAAGAAUUCAUAUGGAAUACAUGAUUGGGGAGUAAAUGGGUAUGGCAAAAUUUGUCGUACCUCUACUUAUAAUGGAAAAAAACUCCUACAUAACAUUUAUUACCCAAUAAUGUUUGAAGACGAAAGCGAGGAUGAAGAGGAAUCAGGAGAAAAGGCAAAUGAAAAUGAAGAGGAAUCAGAGGAAGAUGAAAAUGAGGAGGAAAGCGAGGAUGAAGAUGAAAAUGAAGAGGAAUCCGAGGAAGAUGAAAAUGAGGAGGAAAGUGUGUCAAAUGAAAUUCCUAAAGGGUAUUAA